AACCCUUUACAGCAGACACACUUUACGGCAAGCAUCAUAGCGUGAGGAAAGUUAGCCGGGUAGCUAACAACAACCGGUCCCUCGGUGAACUGUUCAGCGAUAUACUUUCUACAUUUACAUUAAGUUGACCGACCUGCCGACAUGGACGUGGGCGAACUCCUCAACUACCAGCCCGACAGAGGAGCGAAGAGAAUCCGGGACGAGGAGGGAGGAGGCGAGGAGGCCAGAGGCGGUAAGCAGCUGAAGGGGGCUAGGGAUCUAGCCCGCCACAGAGAUGCAGCACUAGGACCUGGGGACGACCCGGACCAGGAGGACACCAGCGAAGACAGGAAGAGGAUCCUGGAGAAGCUGAUGGACUCGGAAGAGGAACCUGAGGGCGAGCCGGUGGACGAGAGCUCCGUGAAGAAGAUGAUCCUCACCUUUGAGAAGAGAUCCUACAAGAACCAGGAGCUGAGGAUCAAGUUCCCAGACAACCCCGAGAAGUUCAUGGAGGCGGAGCUGGACCUGAACGACAUCAUCCAGGAGAUGCACGUGGUGGCCACCAUGCCUGACCUGUACCACCUGCUGGUGGAGCUCAACGCCGUGCACUCCCUGCUGGGCCUGCUGAGCCACGAGAACACACAUAUCGCCAUCGCGGUGGUGGACCUGCUGCAGGAGCUGACGGACAUCGACACGCUGCAGGAGAGCGAGGAGGGGGCCGAGGUGCUCAUCGACGCCCUGCUGGAGGGUCAGGUGGUGGCCCUGCUGGUGCAGAACAUGGAGCGUCUGGACGAGCAGGUGAAGGAGGAGGCGGACGGCGUCUACAACACGCUGGCCAUCGUGGAGAACAUGGCGGAGUUCCGUCCCGGUCUCUGCACUGAGGCCGCACAGCAGGGUCUUAUGCAGUGGCUGCUCAAGAGAGUCAAGGCAAAGCUGCCCUUUGAAGCCAACAAGCUGUACUGCAGCGAGAUCCUGGCCAUCGUGCUGCAGAACAACGACAGUGAGCACCAGGAGCUGCUGGGGGAAAUGGACGGCAUCGAUGUCCUUCUGCAGCAACUCUCGGUGUUCAAGCGCCACAACCCCUCCACGGCGGAGGAGCAGGAGAUGAUGGAGAACCUGGACUUCCUCUAG